UCUCUCAAUGAAUAACAAACUUUCCUCAAUAACCGAGGAGAGAGACCUUCUAAAUGCAACUGUCUCUGUAGUGAGUAACCAACUUUCUUCUAUGACUGAGGAGAGAGACCUGCUGAAGGCCAACCUCACUGAAAUGACCAAAGAGCUGGAGAGACUGCAGAGUUUAUUCAACCAGAAGAAAACCUGUCCUACAGGAUGGAGAAAGUUCAGUUGUAGCUGUUAUCUCCUGUCUGAAAACUCUGGUUCCUGGCAAUCAGCUAGAAAACACUGCACAGACCAAGGAGCAGAUCUGGUGGUGAUAGACAGCCCUGAAGAACAGAUCUUCAUUGCUUCAUUCACCCAGAAACGGACUUGGGUUGGUUUAAAUGACAUAGAACAAGAGGGAACAUGGAAAUGGGUAGACGGAACGCCUCUGACUCUGCA